UUUAAUUGAUUGUAUUCGGAAGGAUGUGGUUAUCAAAACCGCAAGCCUUUCCAGUUAAGACCAACCGUCAAGAAAAUAUGUUCGUUACAGUCAAUUUGGACGAAGAGGCCUGUAUCGUUAAGAUUCAAAUUAUAAUCAAUAUCGAAGAAAACAAUCUUUAGUGAAAAUAAAAGCAAGAUGCCUUCACGUGGAAAAUAUCAAAUUGCAAGUCAGGAAGAGCGUAAAAUAGCACAAAGAGAUCAAUCUUUUAGAAAUUGCGUAGCUACGCUAUUUGUGUUCUUUAUAUUAUUCUUGCUUGUUCUUAUUGCAAAUUUAUUAUGGAAAAAAACUAAUACUUCUUCAUCUUCAUCUUCCUCAACUAACGUUGAUGAGAAACGCUUAAUGGGAUACCAAUAUAAUAAUGGAUAUAAAAAAUCAGAAGAAACUACAACUACAACUGGAAACACAAUCGACACAUCAAUCGACAUUAUUACAGAAGAAUAUAUAUCUAGUAAUGAAAAGACAUCUCAUAACUUCGAAAAUACAACAAUGCAAAAAUUUUUAGAAAUGAAUACUUCAAGAACUUUAUCAGAUAUUAUAAAUACUCUGAGUAAUGAUACUAUAACAACAAAUUCACAAAAUCGAAUUAGUACAACUGUUAGAAGAAUGGAAUCUACAGAAGAGCCAAAAGUUCAUUAUAGCAAUAUUACUGAUACAACCUUAUUUGAAAAUGAAGUUUCUGAAAACGAACGAGAAAACAGUUCUACAAUGACUUUAACAAUAAUUGCAGAAGCAACAAACGAAAGUAUUGAUAAAACUGAAUCUGAUAGCCAAGUAUCUACUAAAUACUCAACUAUUUCUACAGAUAAUGAAUUUGUUUCUAACAGUUCUUCAUUUGAUCAAAUUAGUUCUAAGGAAAAUACAAAUACUAUUACAGAAAAACUAAAUAACAUAACAACUGCAUCUUUUUUCUAUCUAAAUACAUCUGAACUGUCUACUGUAACAAAUAUCACUAAAAAAAACAAUUCUUCUUUAAUAAAUAAUUCUACUAAUCAAUUCUUAUCAUCAACAACUUAUAAACCUAUUGAAUUUAUAUCAGAAUCAACAGACUUUACAAAAAGUUUAUUUCCACAAGUGGAAAAUACCUUUACAAAGGAAACAGUAAUAACGAACGAAUUUGUAACAAAUAUAUUUAUGACAUCAAACACAGAGUCUAUUUUUACUACAGAUAGUUAUAUUACAGAUAUUGAAAAUAAUAUAUGUAAUUCAGGACAAUGCAAACAAAUAGCUGCUAAAAUAUUAUCCUAUAUGAAUCAUUCUGCUGAUCCAUGUGAAGAUUUUUAUGAAUAUGCUUGUGGUGGAAUGAUAGCAGAUCCACAAAUCAUAGACCUAAAUUUGGCAAACAAGGCAUAUCAUAGAAUAGCUAAACAAAUGUUGGAAGAUGCUGAUAGAGAUCCACCUUCUCCAUUUACUAAAUACUACAACAGUUGUAUGAAAUAUGAAAAUAUAAAUAUAGAUGAAAGAAUAAUGAUAGUAAAUGAAGCAAUAAAUAAAAUACAAAGAUUUGAUCACGAAGAAUUUAAAAGUAAUUUCACGAAUUUGUAUGCUGAAUUAUUAAAAAGCUAUAGCCCUUUAUUAUUUGACGUGGCUGUGGAUCUUGAUGAAAACAAUCCAAGUUCAUAUACUAUCAAAAUAGGACCUGUACUUGAUAAAAAUCUAUUUGAUAGUGAAAACACAGAUGAUCUUUGCUAUGCAAGUGAAGCCGAAAUACAAAAACAAUUUGUUGAUCUUGAAGAUAUUUAUGAAGACUAUACAACAUGCAAGCAAAAUAAUACAAGAUUUGUAAGUUCUAUAACCAAUGCUUUAAAAGCACUUGGAGUUUUUAAUAAUUCUGAUAACAUGGAGCAAAAUGUGAGCAUUACAGUAUUUAAUAUUGAUAACGAAAUAGUGCAGAAAUUCUUUUCUGUAAGUAAAAUUAUUCUUUUAUAUAUAUUAUUUUAUAUAUAUAUAUUUUAUAUAUUUUAUAUAUAUUACCUACUAAUUUUCUCGUUUUGGCAGCUAUUUCCAUCUGAGAACGAAAUUCGUAAAGCAUAUUUAAUGAAGAAUUAUACUGAAGUGUCAAUAGAUGAAUUAAAUAAAACAACUACAUUUAUAAAUUGGUAUAAUUUAACGACUUCAUUAAUAUCCAAAAAUGUAAAUGCAAAAUUCCAAGUUUAUUUUUAUGAAGAAUUAGUAAAAGGUUUACAAAAUUUAGAAACUUUUUGGAAGAACGAACCAAUGUAUUUUCACAAUGCUAUUUUAAGUCUAUAUGCACAAAAACUUUAUCAUGACUUAAUUAUAACAAAACAUCAAGAUAUGAAACAACAUUGCCUCAAAGUUAGUACAAAUCUAUUAAGAUCUGAAGCCUCUAAUUUGUAUAUGUCUUCACUGUCUGAUAAAGAGAUUACAUUUAUGAAUCGUACGGUAAGAAUACUCUUUGAUGAACUAAAAGAAACUCUAAAACUAGAAAUAAAAAAGAGAUCAUGGGUAACAGAAGAAGAACGUCAAGCAUUGCUGUCAAAGAUAAAUGAUCUUAAGCUUUCUAUACCGGAAGUUCCAUACUUUCAGUAUGAAGAAGAAUAUAAGUUUAAUCUAUCUGAUAAUUACUUGGAAAACUCUUUAAAUUUGAUGAGAAGAUAUAGAUUAUCAAUAUAUUCUGUAAUAUCAUUAGAGAUAAAUCCUGAUACACCAAAACAAAUGUACGUAUAUAUAGAUAUUUAUUUUACUUAUGUCAAUGAGAUUUUUUAUUUUGAUAUAUUACAUUGCAGUUGGACACACUAUGCUACACCUUUUCAAUCGAAAGGCGUUGCAGUUUAUAGUUUGAAUCUUAUUAUUAUACCUUUUGGUGCAAUUGAUUAUGGUGACGUGUUUAUAUCAAAUUAUGAAAGUUCAUUUAGUUAUUUAACAUGGGCGACAAUUGGCAAUUUAAUAGCGCGUCAGAUUUCUCAUCAUUUUGAUGCAAAUGGUAUGCACUAUUGGAAUCAAACUCGAAACACUACCUGUUCUCUGGUAAGCAAACAUACAAUGUUUGAAGAUUAUAUAUCCUGCCAUAAAGAUAGUAUUUACAAAGAAAAGAUGAACAUGACACUGCCACUUACUUCUCAGAAAAUAUCUUUUAAGAUUUCAGAAUUAACAUUAAACGAAUAUUUCUCCGAAAUCAUGGGACUUAGAUUAACACAUGAUACUUUUGAAAGGCUACGAUCGUUUUCAAAGAAUUAUCUUCCGUGGCUAGAACCAAACAUAAAUCAAUUAUUCUACCUUACUUAUGCUCAGAUGUAUUGUACGAAAUCGUUAUUGACAACAUCUUAUAUCUCUCUUCAUGAAAACGAAGAAUUACCUAGCCGUAUCCGUGUCUUCGUUUCUGCAUCUAACAAUAACUUACUGGGCGAAACAUGGAAUUGUUCUAAAGGAUCACAAAUUGUCCCCAGUAUUACUUGUGAUGUCUUUCCAUACCUCAAAGAAUCAGAAGAUACCGAAAUCUUUUCCAACUGAUUAUAACACAAAGAAAAAUUAUCUUUUAAGAUAAAGUACUACUAAUAACAA